CAUGUUGUUGACUACAACGCCGCCACUGGCCCACUGCCUAAACAGAGUCAGAGUGUUGUCUGUUGAUGUGUGUCUCUGAUUUCGGUGAUUUGAUAUUUGUUUUUUACAAAAUCUCCGACUCUUGCGUGCUCCUGCAUGGCUGUUUGGUGAUGCGAGCGUGGUUGUUAAUACUGUAAAAUAUGGCAUCGGCACUGGAGCAAUUUGUAAAUAACGUCCGAGCACUUUCCGCCGACGGCAAGUUCCAAGAGCUCAAUCAAGUUUUACCUAAAUUCAGCGAGGCUCUAGUGAGGAACAAUCAGCUUCUCGACAAUGUCUUGGAGACUCUUGAUCUGCAGCAGCACUCGAUGGGUAUUUUGGCCGUGCUGUGCGCAAAGCUGGCUAAUGCCGCAAACAACAGUAAUCUCAAGGUAGAUGACUUUAAGCCAGUGCUUGCUCAGAUCAAAGAAUUCAUUGCCGGCUGCAAUGGGGAACAAGUUAGAUUCGCCACCGAACUUUAUGCAGACUUGUGUCAUCAUCUCGCAGAUAUACUAGUUGAAUUAAACAUACCCAUCAGAGGGAUCGACUUGCUUUGCAAAGCCAUUAGGAGAAUCCAAUUGUACGACAGCCAAUUGACUUCCAUACAUGCCGACCUUUGCAAGCUCUGUCUGUUGGCAAAGUGUUUCAAGCCUGCCUUGGAAUUCUUAAAUACUGACAUUACUGGUAUUAGCAUUGAAGACGAUGCCAAGUAUUUUUUGCUCUACUAUUACUAUGGAGGAAUGAUCUACACGGCUAUGAAAAAUUACGAUAGUGCAUUGUAUUUUUAUGAAGUCUGCGUGAUGACACCUGCAUCAGCUGUUAGCCACAUUAUGAUAGAAGCUUACAAAAAAUACAUACUCGUGUCAUUAAUUUUAAAUGGAAAAGUUGUUUUGCUACCAAAUUACACUAGUAAUCUGAUUAAAAGACACAUUAAAAGACUGAGUCAGCCAUAUCAGGAAUUGGCAACAGAGUAUGCUACCAAUAAUUGUGACGAAGUGCAAGGAGUCAUUACAAAAUUUGGGGAUAACUUCUCAAGAGACAAUAAUAUGGGACUGGUUAAACAAGUGCUUAAUUCCUUGUACAAAAAAAAUAUUCAAAGACUUACAAAUACCUUUUUAACGUUAAGUUUGUCCGAUGUGGCUGCUAGAGUUAAAUUACCUAGUCCAGCAGAUGCUGAAAAAUAUAUAUUAAAUAUGAUUGAAGAUGGAGAAAUCUUUGCCACGAUAAAUCAAAAAGAUGGAAUGGUAAUAUUCCAUGAUGAUCCAGAAAAGUAUGAUUCACCGGAGAUGCUGGCAAAGCUAGAAAAUGAAAUGGCUGAGUGUGCUGAACUUGGCAAAAAAGUUCUGGAAAUGGAAGAAGAAGUAGUGAUAACUCCACAGUACAUUCGCAAGGCUUGUGGACAAGCCGAUCAAGAUGAUCAAGUUGCUGGGACUCCUCCCACUAACGUAUCUAAUGCUCAAAGUCAACCAAAACAUAAUACUUACUCCAUGUAAAACAUACAAAAUAUUAUCUAAAUUCGAAAAAUUGAAUGACGAAUGAUACGAUCAAUGCGAGUGUUACAAGGAAUUCAAAUAUAGCCAAAUUUUUUUGGUUAACUUAGAGUUUUUAAUUCUUGUUUUACUGUACAUUCAAUUUUUUUCAUAUUUAAA